AUAAAUAGCGAUUUAAAUGACAAUAACUUUAUUAAGCGUUUGAUGUCUUCAUUGAUGUCAUCGAUGUUACCAUUGAUGUUGUCGUCGUCUUCGUCUUCGGCGACAAAGUUUUCCGGCUUAAGACUACGGCACUUGUCAUACAGUUUACGGUAUUUAUUAUUAAAUGACAAACCGAUUGUCGCAACAAAUUUACCGAUAAGAUGUUGUACGACAACUUCGAGGAAGACGACGACGAGUCCAGACAAGUGGUAUUCGCUAAGAAACAAAUUGGUUGACAACAAUCAUCGCCAAGACUUUGACGACAAAAGAUAUGAGACUUUGUGGUCUUGGAAUGUCAUAACUGGUCUAUUGGUUUGGUUGGGACUUAUGGAGGACAACGAAGAGGAUCCGUUGAUUAAGAUUAUUAAGAAUGGCUUACGAUGUAUGCAUUUAGAGGAAUACGAAAAAGCAGAACUAAUACUGCAUUCGGGUCUUCAAAUGGCUCAAGACUUGCAGCACGAAUCGGCAGAGAUUUAUAUCUACGAUGUUUUGGCCAACAAUUACUUUAUGAAAGGCGACUACAAAAGAGCCGAACCGUUGUUUGCCGUUGUCUUCAAUAGACUUCUGGCAAAAGGUAUGCCACCAAAUGAUGAGUCUUUAGUAGAGAUAUCCAUCAAAUUGUCGCACAUUUACAGCAAUUUAAGCGAUUUUGACAAAUCACAGAUGGGUUUUGAUUUUAGUCUAAGUGAACAAUACCAGAGAGUCAAGAGUUUUGUGGCCAAAAGUGUCGACGAAUUGGUCAGUGAAGAGAUCAAUUCAUUGGCACUGUUGGGUAUGUGUUACGACUAUUAUGCCAAACAUUUGUCAUCGAUUGGCAACUUUGACAGUGCCAUCGAUACGUAUAAGAAAUCGUUGGAUAUCUGUAUCAAAGUUAAUGGUCGAACACAUCCCCAGACACUGGUUUUGUUGAACGAUAUGUCGGCAACUUAUGUCCAUAAAAAAGACUUUGCAAACGCUGUGAUAUGUUUGAAGAGAGCUAUUGAGGGCGCCAUCGAAACAGAUGACGAAAAUUUAGCCAAAUAUUAUCUGAAUAUUGGAUCCGUUUAUUUACUUCAGCUUAACAAAGAAUUGGCUCUUAAGUGGUGCCAGAGAUCGCUAUCAACGACACUCACCUCUAAAAACAAACCCAUUGAAGACAAGGCUCGCAAAUGUUUGACUGAAGCCACCGGUCUUUAA